GAUCAUGGAAUACCUCAAAAAUCCAAAUUUUAAGGCCUCAAGAAGAACAAAAAUGCAGGCCUUGAAUUAUGUUCUGUUGGAAGGUGUUCUUUAUAGAAGAGGAUAUGAUGAAUUACUUCUGUGCUGUCUUGGUUCAGAUGAGUACUGCCAGAUUAUUUCAGAUGUGCAUAAUGGAAUCUGUGGUGCACACCAAGCUGGAAUUAAGAUGAGAUGGCUAGUUCGUAGGCAUGGGUUCUUUUGGCCAUCGAUCUUGAAAGAUUGCAUCAGUUAUGCUAAAGGUUGUAAAGCCUGCCAGAUUCAUGGACCACUGCAGAGAGUUCCAGCGUCAGAACUCCAUCCAAUUGUCAAACCAUGGCCAUUUCGAGGAUGGGCCAUAGAUUUGAUUGGUAAAGUUUAUCCUCCUUCCGCUAGAGGGCAUUCUUUUAUUAUUGUUGCCACAGAUUACUUUAUCAAGUGGGUGGAAGCAAAGCCAAUGAACAAGGUUGACCAGAUCGAUAUUAUUAAAUUUCUCAAGGAGGAAAUCAUUCACAGAUUUGGUUUGCCAGAAACAGUGACUUCAGAUCAGGGGACAGUUUUUGUUGGUGCACAAGUUGGAGCAUUUGCAAAAGAAAUGGGAUUUAGGUUACUCACUUCAACCCCUCAUUAUGCUCAAGCCAAUGGUCAAGCUGAAGCUUCCAACAGAAUUGUGAUAAAUCUGCUGGAAAAAAUGGUUGAUGAUAAUCCAAGGUGUUGGCAUGAGCUGUUAUCUGACACAAUCUGGGCUUAUAGAACUUCGCAAAGGAGUUCUACCAAGGUAACUCCAUUCUCUUUAACUUUUGGACAUGAUGCUGUUCUGCCCAUGGAGUUGUCUGCCAGAUCAUUGCGUAUAGCAAUUCAACAUGGUCUUAUUUCUGGAGAAUAUAAUGAAGCAAUGAUUCUAGAGUUAGAAGACCUUGAAGGUAUGCGAUUGCCGGCCUUAGAUAGGCUGCAAACGCAGAAAUUAAAAGUAGCUCGAGCAUACAACAAACGGGUGAAAUCCAGAAGUCUGGCAGUAGGAGAUCUGGUAUGGAAAGUAAUUCUGCCACCUGGAAAGAAAGACCCCAAAUUUGGGAAAUGGUCUCCAAAUUAGGAAGGACCAUUUCGAAUACAUGAAGUGCUUAGAGGAGGAGCAUAUUGGCUUGAAUCAUUAAAUGGAGAGUUACAUCCUCGAAAAAUAAAUGGAAUCUACCUUA